AUGCAGCUGCCUCCCGGUCUCGUUACCGGCAGCAACGACCGGGGACUUCCCCAAAGACACUUGUUAAUGAGCACCACCUCCCCUCCCUCACCACCAUCACCACAGAGCCUCCUCACCCCUCCACCCAUCACAUCGUACAUCAGACUGGAAGGCGUGGACUCCAGCGGAAACGAUCUGUUUGUAAUGUAUGGGGCCUCGAUAGCCCAGAUGAAGGCCGCCUGCUCUGCCGUCCCCGAGUGCGAGGGGUUCAACAGCGAUGGCUGGGUCAAGUCCCGCAUCUCGCAGAAGAAGCGUUCCACCAUUGACCUCUACCUGAAACAAGUGGUCACCGCAGAGCUCCCAUCACAGGUGCUAGGAGACAGUGGGGCGGGUGCAUUUCGGAAUCUUCUGGAAGAAUAUUCAAACAUGGAGCACAAUCUCAAGAUCUUCAUAUACCCCACUACUGUUGGCGGGGACAUGCCUUCGUAUGUAGACUACAAGUAUGGAGUGGAGUACCUCUUCAUAUCCCUUCUGUCUGGAAGCAGGUUUAAAACACAGGAUCCCUCGGAAGCCACAUUCUUCUUCCUCCCGUCUCGGUGCACUGCCUACCGCAAGUCAGUGAUAGACCUGCAGGAGGGUAUCCAGGUGGCCGGCCAGACUAUGAGGAGAAUGGUGUACGAUGUCAGUCACAGGUACCCAUACUGGAAUGCGAGUCUGGGAAUGGACCAUUUCUACGUGUGUGCACACGACAUGGGGACGGAGAUGGCCCAGCUGGCUGACCCCGCCCUCUGGAAGAACUCCAUUGGACUGGUAAACACGGCUGAUGCCUCCGAACCUAGCUACGUUCCCCACAAGGAUAUCUCUGUCCCGCCCCACCCCGGGCGGGGCAAGGUGGACUGGGCUCUAAUUGGACAGGGCGGGGCCACCUUUGACCCAGCCCGCCGCAAAAAACUUGCAUUCCUGGCAGGAGAAGGCUCCAGAGGUGUUCGUCCUCUCAUCUUCUCCCUCUUCAAAAGCGACCCAGAUUUCAACCUCGUCAGUGGCUAUCUCUCCGAUGAAGACUACCAGCACGCCUUGAAGACGUCAAAGUUCUGUCUGUGUCCCCGUGGGAACAAGGCAUGGAGCCCACGACUAAUGGACGCCCUCUGGUUCGGGUGUAUCCCUGUCCUAAUUGCCGAUCACUACAUCCCUCCACUCACGGAUCUUCUGGACUGGGAGAACUUCAGUGUGGUGGUCCCUGAAUCACAGGUGAAGGAGCUGAAGAAGAUCCUGAGAGCCAUUCCAGAGGCACGACAGGAGGAGAUGAGGCGGUCCAUCCUCCAGGUGUACCCACACCUCACCUGGAACGACCAGCCACACCCCUACGACGCCUUUCACUCCACCCUCUUCACACUGUGGACCAAGAGACAUACCUUCAGAACUAGACCCAGACCGGUGAACUAG